CUCACAUUACAGCUCGCAGUUUUAUUUAAAGGGGCCGCGCCUGCGGGAGUCCAGCACGCUAUGAAUCAUCACACACUUUGCAUUUAAACCUGUGAGUAUGGACGUGUUUGACUGUUGGCACUUCACGGAUUCAAUCUGGUAAUACUUCUGGUUAUGCUGCUUUAUCACCGAGACAUUAAAGGAUGUUCUUCAGCACACAAACAGAAGGACAUCAUGAGCAGACAUGUAAGCGUGUUAGCUCCCUGAAGAGAUCCUCUGGGAUCGUACGAAGAUCAAGCAUGAUAUGACGUAGUUAAAGAAUGCAUAACUGUGCAUAUAACCCACGCCUGAGACAUCCACUGAGACAUUAAAUAAGAGCAGUACAUGAUCACUUCCAGCUUGCGGAAAUGGGCACUCAACUACAAAAUCAUAAUUCGGAAGAUUUGUGCGAUCCAGAGAUUGAAGAAGCGGAUAUGGGAGACACGAAGACUCAGGCACAUGUUGAUGCUCCUGAUGGAGGUUGGGGCUGGGUGGUGCUGGUGGCCACCAUACUAGUCCUAGCCCUGACUCUUGCUUUUCCAUCCUGCAUGGGCAUCUUUUACACUGACCUUCAGAUGGAAUUCAGUGCCAGCAACAGUGAGACAUCGUGGGUGCCAUCCAUAAUGAUUGCAGUUCUACAUGCUGGAGGGCCCUUAUGCAGUGUGUUAGUGGAACAUUUUGGUUGCAGGACAACAGUGAUGAUGGGGGGAGUCUUGAGUGGAUUGGGGAUGACAGCCAGCUCCUUUACACAUUCCAUCAUUGAGCUCUACAUUACUGCAGGAGUAAUAACAGGUCUAGGUUUUUGUUUCAGCUUCCAACCUGCAGUCACCAUCCUUGGUCACUAUUUUGUGCGCCGCCGUGCCUUUGCCAAUGCCGUGUCAUCCACAGGAACAGCUCUGGGCCUGUGCGUGCUGCCCUUUUUGGGCCACUACCUACACAGUGAACUAGGCUGGAGGGGGAGUUUCCUUGUGCUCGGUGCUGUGCUGUUCAACUGCUGUGUGUGUGGAGCUGUCAUGAGGCCCCUCCAGCCAAGGAUGCACAGAGUCGCCAAAGAAAGGAACAAUGGCUUUAAACCACAUGUUAAAAAGAGCUUUAAAGAGCAGAUGUGGGCAGCUCAGAAGAGUUUAAUGUCCUCAUUUCAUCGCCACAUGGCUUUUGAUCUGUUUUGCAGUAACCAGAGAUUUCGCUUGUAUGCGAUUGGGAUUACAUGGAUGAUGCUGGGCUUUGUGGUGCCAUUAGUUUUCCUCAUCCCUUAUGCUACAGAUAAUGGCAUGGAGCAGAGUGAUGCUGCCCUGCUGCUCGCCAUCUUGGGCUUUAUUAAUAUCUUUGUGCGGCCGCCUGCAGGCCUGAUCUUUGGCCUUUCCUGGUUCAAAGGCCGCCAUGUUUAUGUAUUUUCAAGUGCGGUGCUACUGAAUGGACUUAGCAACAGCAUCUGUUGUAUUUCUCCCACAUUUCUAGUACUCCUCGCUUAUGUGAUCACUUAUGGUUUAUCCAUGAGCGUGAUUGGCUCACUGAUGUUCACUGUGCUCAUGGACGUAGUAGAGAUGAACCGCUUCCCCUCAGCACUUGGCCUGCUGGCCAUCAUGGAGAGUGUCACACUGCUGAUUGGGCCGCCUCUAGCAGGCAGCCUUGUGGACAGCACUGGUCUGUACACAUACGUGUUCCUCGCCUGCAGUAUCAUAGUGGCCUUAUCAGCAUUGUUUCUCAUGGUGUCCUUCUACUGGCUGGACCACCGUUCACCAUCGUCUGCUCAAGUGUCAGAAGUUAAACCUGAAACCCUCAGAGUGUCUGCGGGGAAAAAGCUCAAGGAACCUGCUACAGAAACCGAAUGUGUCACAACUGUAUGAAGCGAGUGCAUUAAUAAUCAACUGUAUUUGAUGAAUGAGACAUAUGUAUCGAUAUAAAGAUAUUUUUUUUGGUUUUUACAGAAUGAUUCAUUUUCAGGAUAUAUUGUUAUAUUUGGGGCAUUUCACCAAUGAUUUACACUUUAGGCUUGUUUAAAGGUACAUAAUGUAUUUGUCAGAUUGUGAAGUUUCUAUUUCUUUACAUUGCACGAUGUGUCUUUAUGUGACACUAUUAUAUAUUACCAAUUAUGUUCAUUUGUAUAUGCUACUUUUACAGUACACUUCCCAGUAUGGCCCUGUUAAUGUCAGUGUUGGUCUGAACCUAUUUUUCAGAUCGCUAAUGAUCACAUUGCCUUAUUGGAAGUAGGAACGUUUCCUGCACUUCUUCAGACAUUUUUGGAAUGUAUUACUCUGAAAAUUGUUUACAUUAUAUUUACAUUAAUUUAUGUACCACACUCUUUCUGAAACGAUGCCAGUACUUUAUAAAUUAUGCUUUAUGGAAGUCAAAUGUAGUUUCUGGAUGUAGCGGCCUGUACCUUAGCAGGCUAUUGCACAUUUUACACACUUAUCACACGUCUCAAUCAGUCUGUGUAGACAUGGUUAAUACCUUUUUAUAUUACGUUUUCAUGACAUGGUGACUAAAUUGCAUAUUAAAAUUAUGACAUUAAUCUAACAGCCAAACACUAUGUCCAAAGUCAGACUGAUUGUGCUUCACUGUUAAUGCCUUAUCUAAUGCAGUCUGGGAACUGCACAAAAAUCAUGUGCCCUAUGAAGGAUAGUAUUCAUGUAUUCCCAGAACUGUUCAUUUGCACUGUAUACCAAAGGUCCAGCUAGUUCUAAUAUAUUUUUUUUUACAGAAAAUACACACAAUAUACACAAUAUAUUGGUCCUGAUGAUAUUGUUUGAAAAUAAAGUAAGGGCUAUGUACACUUCCAUACAGUAUAUAAGGUGAUCUGUUAUUUAGAAGGUAUAUUGAAUGCAGUUUAUAAAUACAAAUCAAAUAAAAACUUGUUUAAUUU